GGUAUGCCGAGGGCCGCGCGGAGGGGGCACCGACGCUCGCGAGCACGUUGCUGGUGGGCGCGGCUGUCGGGGCUAGGGGAGGAAAGGAGCGAGCGCCUGCCUGAGUCCUGCAGAUUUGGCACUCUGACCCACGCUUAGCUGGGUCGCCCUCCAGCAACACCGCGGUGGCACCCGGGGAGCUGUCGUCCAUCCUGUGCGGCGUCUCCAUAGAAGCUGAAAUUUGUCACCGUUCUUCAAAAUGCAAUGGAAUGUACCACAGACGGUAUCUCGACUAGCACACCGGACAUGCUUGGAACCAUAUAAAGGUGGCCUUUUUGGACACUGUCAGAACAUAAAUGGACCAUUACUUUUGUACAGUGUUGAAUCCAAAAUGGUGUUGGUACGAGGCCCUCAGAAACAGUGGUUGCAUUUACCUGCUGCCUGGUGUGUGGCAAAGGAAAAGAGGCCAUUGGCUGCUCAUCCAUCCCACCCUGUGGUCCUUCGCCAGAAACGAUGGAAGCAAGGUGUUUUGUCCAAGAGGAUUUUAUCUUCCAGUGCCCCAGCCCAAGGAACUCCGGAAAAAAAGGAAGAGCCUGAUCCUUUACAAGAUAAAUCUAUUAGUCUGUAUCAACGAUUUAAGAAAACAUUUAGACAAUAUGGAAAAGUUUUGAUUCCAGUGCAUCUAAUAACUUCUUGUGUUUGGUUUGGAACAUUUUACUAUGCAGCCCUGAAAGGAGUGAAUGUCGUUCCUUUUCUAGAAUUCAUUGGGUUACCUGACAGUGUGGUAAACAUCCUGAAAAAUUCCCAGAGUGGAAAUGCACUAACAGCAUAUGCCAUGUUUAAGAUUGCAACACCUGCCCGAUACACUGCGACUCUGGGAGGAACAUCCUUUACUGUGAAGUAUUUACGAAGUCAUGGCUACAUGUCAACACCGCCGCCGGUUAAGGAAUAUCUACAGGACAGGAUGGAGGAGACAAAGGAGCUUAUCACAGAGAAGAUGGAAGAAACGAAGGACAGGCUUACUGAAAAGUUACAAGAAACGAAAGAAAAAGUUUCUUUUAAGAAAAAGGUGGAAUAGGGUGCCUUAUGUGACAGAGUAUAGAAGAUUCCUGUCCUUUAACCCUUUGGAAACUGGGCAAAGAUAUAUGCUUCUGAUUAUUUUUUGAUUAGUUGCCUAAAUAUACUAGUUCUCUGAGGGUUAAAGAAGUAAGAUACCUUUUUAAAGUUAAAUUCACUAGAAAAAUCAGUGUUUUUGAAAAGAAGGAUUUCAUAUCAAUAGCACCAUUAAGCCGCGUUUAAUGUUUUACACGUCAGAAUUUUUUUUCAGGGUCCUCAGAAUUACACUUGCUUUAUGUUUUGCUGCCACCUGGAAUUUAUGCAGACUAGGCAGUGAUUUCUUGAAUGACUGGUGUGACUCACGGACAGGCUGUUAAUACUGGAUCUUAAUGUUUGUUAUCCAGUCAGGUUUUAACUAUGUUCAGUUCUUAAUGUGGACACAAACUAGCAUUGUCCAGACUGACUGUGAACAGAGGGUACUUUAGUCUCUAUAAAAAUGCUAUGUAAGUUAUUUACAGAUAAGAUUCAGACCUUAUAUGAAGAAAGUGGAAUAAAAAUUCAGUCAUAUAUAUGUAAAUAAGAUGUAUUAGUUAUAAGUAAAUGAAAAUGGACCCUUUAAAGAUGAUUUUUACUUGAAGGUUAUCAUAAUCAAUUUUUUUUUCCCUUUUUUUGCAGGUUUUUUUUGGCCGGGGCUGGGUUUGAACCUGCCACCUCCGGCAUAUGGGUCCGGCGCCCUACUGCAUUGAGCCACAGGCGCUGCCCAUAAUCAAUUUUUUAAAGCAAAAGCAUAUUGGUGGUAGUACUUUUUCAAACUUGUAUAUUGGUGGUGAUCACCUCAAACGUGAAACUUCAUUGUGGAAGUUUGUGUUCCCUUUAACUAAUACUUGAGAGGAAAAGUGGAAAAUCAUUAUACCCUAAAUUUGUCGUUAGAGUCAGAUAUUCUUCAGCAGCAACUCCAGCCUGUGUUUCUCAAGCAGAAAAGGGUUUGGGAGACUAAAAAUGGUCAGGUGGUUGCGGAAACAGCUUACUCUUCCCGGGCAGGGACAGGCAUUGCCUCAGCAAACCAGUACGACUUCCCACUAUCUUAGUUUCAGAGUUUAUUUCAUUCUGGAGUAAAUUUUAAAAUUGUAGCUGCUACUCUUUCUCUAACAUUGAAAGAAAAUAUCCUUGCCUUAGCAUUCUCCUUGAUUUUUUUUUUUAUAGCAAAGCUAUCAUUAAAUUAUCUGCUUGGAAUGAAAUUUAACUGUUGCCAGAUAUGAAAGUUGUUGGGAUUUGGGGUGUUUGAGUUUAUGCGUGUCUGUUUCCUUUUGCUCUGUGUUUACUUCACUUCUAACCUUGGAACUGCUACAUGGAGGAAGGAAUGGCUUCCUUUUAGAUUGUCAUUGUUUUGACUUGUCUGCUAGGGCAAGAGAAUGUCAGAAGGCUUGCCACAUAGUCCUGUGGGGUCCCUGCUUUUUGGUAGGAUUUUACUUUGGCCAAAUUUAGAGAUUAGCUUAAGGGGGGGGAAUUACAUUUGAUACGUCUGAUCAUUAUGUUGGAAUGCUUUUUUAACUGUUGAGGAUUUAUUUGGGUUUUAAGGAAAGGAGAUCGGACAGUUAACAAGAUAACAAAGACGUGCUCGUUUCGACUAGCUUUUAAGCCACACUGGCUUUCUUGGCUAAUUUGAGGACUCUUCACAUCACUCAGGUUCAGCUACAUUCUUCACAGUGUCAGUUCAGUAACAAGGGCAGGAGAGACCUGCAAACACUGGCCAGCUCAUGCUGCUGAGUUUCCAUUACAAGUGUGGUUUGCAACGUGACCAUUUCCUUUCUAACUUCACUUUGCUCACAAAUGAAAAGAUUUUGAUGAUUCGCAUCUAGGUCCUCCAUACUCAAAAACAACAGACCUUUAGGGAUGACUUGUAUAACUCAUUAAAUUCAUUCAUUCUGCGGCUGUGAACAAUUUUAGAGUGUUGACAAGCCUUUUGUAGGUGUUGAAGUAUACCAUCCGAAUUUUCUUCUUCUUGAGUUUCUGUGUACCCAUUUCCUACUCAGGAAUCAAAGCCAGAAACUCCUAAAAAUAUUCCUGACGAAGCUUCUGCCUUUGCUCUUGUUGGGUUUUCCAAAUGUGAUCAAUUGUUUGCUGAACAUUUUUGACAGAAGCAUUCAUAAUCCUUUUUGAAACAGUUUCUCUUUGCAUAAGAAACCUUUUUCACGUCCCCUUCAAGUUUCUCCAACAUGUUCUGGAGCUUAUUCCACAUAUUCAUUUGCUCAGCUGCAUCUGAAAAGGGGCUGCUUUCUCCAUAGACCUCGAUUCCAGGAACGUUUGCUAGACCUUGGCCCCACGCAAUGCCCUGGACGUCUCCUCAGAGAUCGGACUGGGCCCACUCUUUUUUGGGUCCGGGCCCACUCUUUUUUGGGUCCAGACCGUAGGUCUUGGUGGCCAUAGGGCCACUGAGCCCCCACCAGCCCCACCUCACACGCAGUGGUGCCUCACCACACCCAACCUGACAGCACCCUCCACAGGACUGGAUGACCUCCCUGUUGGAACGCUUUUUAAAUGAACAUGCCAUGGUUGGAAUCAUGCUUUUCUUCCUGGGGUGGGGAGAGGGUGGGAGAGCAGCUGCCUCCCCCCAGGCUCAGUGGCCUCGCCAACCGUCUCUGAGCAAAGAGGACACGUCCAGUAUUUCACAGGUUGGCACAUUUUCAGAUAUGAGCACAAUUAACAUGUUUAAGCAUGUUUUUUAAAUUCACAUUUUUAUAGAUACAAAAUGCUAAGAUUAGCAAAUUUUUCGAUUCUUUUUUAACCUCUGAGGCUGCCUGUGUUAAAAUCUUUGUAUUAUGUGGAAUUCUUCUAAAACAGUUUCCUUCUGCUUUUUACAUUUGACAGGGCACAUAUUCCAAUGGGGAUAAGUUGGGGGCUAUUAGAACUUAGUAAUAAUCCCGAGACUAAAAUUUGCUUUUCCUGAGUAGACAUCCUUUGUUCAGUCCAUUUGAGGUUUGUUGCUGUCCAAUUUCAUAAUAGUGUUGUGUUUAGCCCAUCGUAGAAAAUGAGGUACUGCUUUAUAAGUAGGUUGAAACUCUGUAGUAAAAAAUCCUCUGUAGAUGUGGGAAGGUCUGUUGUCUUCAUUUGAUGCAGGAGUGGCCCAGAAAUGCCCUUGCUAGCAUGUUGCUGACCUAAUCCUUAAGGCAAGCUGUAAAUAGCUUAAACAGGCACUCCUGUCCUAUGUUGAGUUUGGAAUGUUAAUAGCAAACUAACAGAAUAUAGUGAGGUAUACCAAGUUACAUUAUGGAGGGUAUAUAUGAUAAAUACAGUUUUUGCUGUGUAUAACAGACUUCAUUUCAUUCGUAGUAAAUCUUACACUUGGAAUUAAUUUACCUGUAGCUUCUGUGAGCCACAAGGGAGGCAGAGCAGCCCCUGUGUCUGACCCAAGUCUGCACUUGUAUGGGGAGUGCCGACGAGGUGUGGAGGCCUCUCUGGCUUAGAUUGGCCUACAUAAAAUGCACAAAAAGGGUUUGUUCUUCAAAUUGAUAAUGGAAAAGAAAGAUGGAUUAGGUAAGAGACUCAGUUUAUUCAAAAAUAAUAACAAAAGCAAGCUUUUUAAGUACUACAUCAAAAAAAUGUCUCAUUUGAAAUAGCCUUUUGCAUACAACAGGGUGCUGUUUGCAGUUUUCAACAAAGGAGAAAAAGAAUGCUUAUAUUGAGAUUAUCUUCCUCCUGCUAGUAAGGAUAAUGAAAUCAUGCCUUCAGGUAUAGUCUCCAUUUUUUUGGUAGUCAUAUAAUCUGCCCCUGGUUAUUUACAAGUGAGAUAUGACUAUAGUCCUUUAUACUCAGGAGGAAAUGAGAGAUUAGCUCUCUUAUUCCAGUGAUCUUAGAAGAUAAUUAUAGGCAUUUUAAAAAUCUUAAUAGUUUUGAGCAGGAAAGAUGUUUGAAGAAAAGGAGGAAAUUUUAUAUUAGACACAUGGAGCUGCUUCCUGGGCUCUUUGCUCUGAGUUCAGGACAUCUUUGGGAUUUCCUCACUGACUUGGGUAUUGUAUAUAU